AUGGGUGAUACCAACGAACAAAUAUUAGGAUAUUCUACGAAAAGUGCACUAAAAAAGUUACGUGAUGAUAUUCAAAGGGUAAUAGAAGAGCAUAAGCAGAAGAAUCCCCUUAGGUUUGACAUUAUACGAAAUAUUAUAUCAUUUUCGUCUGAAAAAGUCCUCCUUUCCGGCGUAGCGUAUACGGUAACAGUCAUAAACAUUAUUUGUUUGAUUCUGACUUAUUUAAUUGAUGGUACUGCUUUGGCCCAAGGUUAUUUAUUGUGGGAAGCACUGUUUUUAUUUUUUAUACUGAUUAUUAACUUUCUGGUUGCCUUAAAUGAGGAAUACUUACACAGAAACGAAAUACCUCACAGAAUAGCAAAAGUACUUGAAACAUUAAAUGAAGCAAUUGACUUAUGCCUCUGGAAGGAAGAAUAUUAUCCACAUUUGUGUGCUCCUUUCUCGCCUUGUGUUAUAUUGCAGUGGACUUAUAGAGAUGGUACAAUAGUAAACUUACCAUGGGCUUUGCUUGUGGAAGGAGAUGUUAUAGUAUUAAGGCCUGGUCAGGAAGUUCCUGGGCAUUGUCAAGGAUUGCAAUCAGAUGACCCAGAAUUAUUUUUUGGGCAGAUAUUUACUCCAGGGUCACAGGCUAAAGAGAACUCUAGUGUGCCUCGCUCCCGGGCACCACAUCAGAACAAGGCAUACAAAAUGUGUGAGACACCUUACUUAAAGAAUUUGAAGCUGGCGCUAGAGCAGGCUACUACUAGGCCAGUCACUGUUUUUGAGAAGCAGAGGUAUUUGUGCACAGUGAAAAUAAUGGAGGGAAUAGUACUGCCGUUAGUUAUCCUUUUAAUGGUAUUUGCUAGUUUAUUCCGUCACAUAUACCACCUCCCUGGUGUGACGCAUUGGACUGAGAUAUACUUCCUCCAGACCAUAGCUGCCUCACUGCCUUUACUACAGAUAAUAUUUCCUAUAGCCUGGGUAACACUUAAUUGUUACGGAUUAGCUAGAUUCAAAUCAAUAUCUGAGGUACGACAGAAAUACACCCGUCCGAAAUCAUGUUCCAUAUCAGAGGACGCGAGCGAUCCUCUGAUUCAAGCUUUAAGUGAGUCCACUCUGCAUCCACAAAUAAUGAAAACGCUGGGAAAAACAUUCUUCAAUAUCCUCUUUGGGAGGGAGGAUAUGGUCACGCGAACGUCUAACAUUGUUCAUGUUUUGGGAUCAUUAUCGGCAUUAUGCUGUGUAGAUAAAAAGGGUAUCCUAUCUUGGCCAAACCCAACAGCGGAGAAAGUGUUUUUUCUCCGUAAUUCAAGUCCUGCUUCAAAUAAUUCUAGCAAGACCAGCCUUGUAACAUCUAUGGGGCAUCAGAGUGAUACUACACUAGAUCAAUUGCAGGACAGGAAUAAUCCAGAACCGUCUACUAUCGUUGAGGUACUCGAUUUGACUCACGAUCAAAAUGCGCCAUUUCGCGUCGAGUUCGACGAGCAAAGAUGGCGGCAGCACAUUACACGACUCAAACCGCUCGGCUUAGCCGCGCUAUUGAACACUUGCGCGCCCGAACACACGCACAACUAUGCGCAUUUCUGUGCGCAUCUCACAUGUGAAGCACAAUACAGCGAAGAUUUAGUGCCGGUAACGAAUCGUCGUUGUCUGUGUGAACUUGCGAAGCAAAUCGGGUUUAAUGACUCAGUCAUAGAUGCCUACACAACACAGGAAUGUCUGGCCAUUUUUAGACAUUUGCAAGCGGAUACAAUAAGGCGCGAAACACGCUUUCGUACGCUCCCUUCAUCUCAGUACGCGUGUGAAAGUGCCUUUACCGCAUAUGCUCGCUGUUAUAGUUAA